AUGCCAGGCAAAGUAUUCAACCUGAAGAAGGGCGGCGCAGUAGUUCGCAUUGUCCGCAAGAAGGAGGAGCGCAAGACUAAGCCUCAUCAGGAGUUCGUCAAGAGCAUCAUUCAGGAGUGCACGGGAAUGGCGCCCUACGAAAUGCACAUUAUAGAGCUCCUGCGAAUGAAUAAGGACCGCCACGCGCUCCGCUAUGCAAAGAAGAGGCUUGGGAACAUCAAGCGCGCGAAGGCUAAGCGCGAUCAGCUCUCGGUCUACGCUAGGAACAUCUAG